UCUUCUCCCUUCUGUCUCCUCAGGACAUGGGCACUGUGAUUCUGGGCAAACUGGAGUCGGGCUGCAUCAGUAAAGCACAGCAGCUCGUCAUGAUGCCAAACAGACAUACGGUGGAGGUGUUGAGUCUCCUGUCAGAUGACGUGGAGACGGACGACGCCGAGCCGGGGGAAAACCUGAAACUGCGGCUGAAGGGCAUCGAGGAGGAGGAGAUCCUGCCCGGCUUCAUCCUGUGUAAUGCCGAGAACCUGUGCCACUCCGGGCGCACCUUCGACGCCCAGAUCGUCAUCAUUGAACACAAAUCCAUCAUCUGUCCGGGUUACAAUGCCGUGCUUCACAUUCACACCUGCAUUGAAGAAGUGCAAAUUACAGCCUUAAUCUGUAUGGUAGACAAGAAGACAGGAGACAAGAGUAAGACACGUCCACGAUUCGUCAAACAGGACCAAGUCUGCAUCGCCCGUCUGCGCACUGCAGGGACCAUCUGCCUCGAGACCUUCAAAGACUUUCCUCAGAUGGGACGCUUCACCCUACGAGACGAAGGUACAGCGUCUGCACACAG